UUGGUACUAAGUAUGUAUUUGCUAAGAAGUGGAAAAUACAAAUCGUGAAUAUUCGCUGGCUGGUUGACUCCGUUGAUAAAGGAUAUGCUCUGGAUGAAGACACUUAUCGUGUUGAUGAGACGUCUUCUAAUCAGGAGCAGAGAUCAUCUACUCCUAAUGCUCCUGAUAUCUCUACAAUUGAGGGCCGUCUUCCAGAUCUAUCUGCCAUCUCCAAUCUCUCUGAAAACACAAAAGUUGGCGAAUCACGUAUUUGUCGCCCUUCCAAAUCAAAGGAGUCCGGAUUUCUUUCUGAUUGUAUUAUUCUCCUUUACAAUUGCACUAGAGACGAGACUUCAAAGUAUAUAAAAUCAAUCCAAUCUCUUGAUGGAAAGGUUUGCACGGAGUUACACGAUCAACUGACGGAGAAUCUUACACAUGUAGUCGUUGGAAAUGCCUCUCUGAUCCUUAAACUUCCAGACAGGGAAGCUGGUGUUAACUAUGUCACUUCGGCAUGGCUGACAGAUUCUAUUUCACUCAAUAAGCGCAUGCCGGAGUCCGAAUAUCCUCUUGACCUACCUGAAAGUUGUGUUGACUCCAGAGAUUCCGAUGAUAAAAUAAAUAAAGCUUCUGAUGGCCAAACUGAAAAUUUGCCCUCUGUUAACGCGGAUGACUUAAAACUCAUUACUCAGUACUUUGCCGAUGGUGGGCUCGCAACACUGGAUGACUUUGGGCCUAAUGAUGCUUUUGACAGGAUAAGUCGCUUAGAAAAUGAUACUAUCGCUAACAAGGAAAAUAAGGGUGAUUUAAUCAAAGGGGAUGAUGUGGGCUCUAAUCCGCAUUCAAUUUCUGAAAAUAUUUUAACAGGACCCUUUAAAAGCUUCAGAUUUUAUCUCCAUUGCUCGUACUCACUUGAAAUGAAAAAAGAAAUAUCUGAUUCCAUUUCUUCCGCUGGGGGAUUAGUUAUCGAUUCCCACAAAAACUGUGAUUUUUUAGUGACCCCAUUUCUGCUUGAAGAUCUGGAUCAGUACUCUAGUGUUCCACAUCUUGUUACUCAUGCCUGGAUUACUCGUUGCAUAGCUAAAAGCUCACUCUGCCUAGCUGAUUUGAAGAAUGAGCCUGCUUACUCGCCAGUGCAAAAACCUCGUGAUGGUCGCCUGCCUCUCUCCGGUUGUGUUAUCUCUCUUAGUGGUUUUGUUGGCCUUGACAGGUCUCUUCUUACUCAAUAUGCUCAAGCACUUGGGGCGAUAGUCCAGGAAUGUUUCCUCCGAAAUCAUGUUCCUGCACGUAAUUUAGAAGCCAGCACUCACUUGGUUUCUGCUAGGCCCGACAACCGGAAAUUCCCCGCGGCCAAGCACUGGGGCCUGCCCAUUGUUACUCGUGCCUGGCUUUACGCUUGUGCCCGGGAGGGAAGGAAGGUUGAUGAAUCACUUUACCCACUCUCUGAUACACCCACGGAUGAUAUGACUCUGAACUUCACCACUUCUUCAAUGAUUGCUACCGUUCAGAUGCCGGACAAAUCUGUUUUGAAAAGUACUACCGCCGAGAGAUUACCUAAAAAAGCUACAAUAGACUCUUCAUUUUCAUCGCAUCGACCUCUUGCUAAGCCGACAUCACCGAGGCCUGUUGACAAGCGCUUAGGCGAAUUAAAGUCAAGUAAUUUACCCCCUACGCCAUUCGUCGAGCAGUCGCUGCCAACACUACUUCAUCGGGCCGAAAAUGUUCCUCGUACUCCAGUCAAUGCGGCAUUGAAUCUUGAUGACCUCGGUAGCUUUAUGCCUACUCCUGAUUGGAUACAGCGCAGACCUGCCAAGCAAUCUAAUUCGAUUUCCACGCCUCAUACACCACUUUCUCGCACAUCAGAUAUAUCGAGGAUUUCUCUCGAUGGCCCUGAGCCUGUUUUCCGAAUUCCUACUCCAUCAACCAAUGAAUUGAUGCAUCGGGCAUUAAGUAAUGCGCUUCUGGUGACAAGUACCUUUGCUAGGCGACGUCUUGAUAUGGAAGGUACGUUUUUGAUUGAGCUUUGUUUUGUGUGGUUAUUGAACCCGCCUCACUUAUAUUUCAACCAUUGUACUUUGGUGCUUCCAGAAGCUCCAAAAGCAUUAAUAUAG